AUGGGUAAGCACGAGAAGAAGGCGGGUAAGGGUCGUCUGGAUAAGUUCUAUUGGCUUGCCAAAGAACAAGGUUAUCGUUCGCGUGCUGCCUUCAAGUUGGUCCAGCUGAACAAAAAGUUCAAGUUUUUGGAGAAUGCACGCUGUUGUAUCGAUUUGUGUGCGGCGCCUGGUGGUUGGCUGCAGGUAGCUAGCAAGCACAUGCCGCCGGGCAGUUUGAUUGUGGGUGUCGACUUGGUCGCUAUCAAGCCCAUUCCGCGUUGUAUUACCUUUGCGGAAGAUAUUAACUCGUACCGAUGCCGUGAUCAACUGCGCGAGCAUCUGAAGGACUGGAAAGCGGACAUUGUCUUGCACGAUGGUGCGCCCAACGUCGGUACGGCGUGGGUUCAAGAUGCCUAUGCACAGUCUGAACUGACGCUGCAGGCGCUCAGGCUGGCUGUUGAGUUCUUAGCGCCGGGCGGUACGUUUGUGACCAAGGUAUUCCGUUCGAAGGACUAUAACAACCUCAUGUGGGUUUUUAACCAACUCUUCCACCACGUCGAGGCCACCAAGCCGCCCUCCUCCCGUAAUGUGUCUGCUGAGAUUUUCGUGGUAUGCCAGCGCUUUAAAAACUUGACACGCAUUGAUCCCAAGUUCCUGGAUCCCCGCUAUGUAUUCAAAGAAUUGGAUGCUGGUGGUGGUCAUAUGAAGGGAUCCAGCUCGCACAACCUCCUGGAAAAUGUAGUCAACCCUGAAAAGACGCGUCGUAAGCGUGAGGGCUACGAAGAAGGCAACUAUACCCUGUACAAGACCAUUAGCGCAGACGAGUAUAUCCGAGGCGCUGAUGCCAUUGCCAUGCUCGGUACCUACAACCGUAUUACCUUUGAUUCCAAAGAGGACAAGGCUCUGCUGAAGAGCCAUUUAACGACAGAGGAUGUCAAGGCGAAUUGUGAAGAUCUUAAGGUGUUGGGCCGUCGUGACUUUUCUGUGCUGAUCAAGUGGCGCAAGGCGAUGCGUGAGGCUAUGGGUCUGGAUGUUCCGAAGGAGAAGCACUCCGAAGAGGCUAGUGCUACGGUGGAGAUGGAGCCGUUGAAUGAAGAGGAGGCUAUUGAUGAGGAGCUUGCGCGUCUCAACGAGGAGGCUUCCAAGCGUGCCCGCAAAGAGCGUCGUAAACGCAACGAGGCCCGCGCAAAAACCAUCCAGAAACUGCAGCUGAAUAUGACGACGCCCAUGGAUCUCGGUGAAGACUGGCGUGACGAAGCCCUUCAUGGCGAAGAGAUGUUCUCGCUGGGCGAGGUGGAAGGCCAUCGUGCGCCAUCCAAGUCGCACUCUUCCACGCUUCUUGAUGCGGAUGAUGCGCCUGAGGACGAGGAGAAGGGAGAGGACGUGUCCGAGCAGGACAGCGAUGAGGACAUGGAAGAGGAAGAGCGUCGCCUCGCUGACCUAGAGUCUGGCAUUGACUCCAUGUACGAUCAGUACAAGGAGCAUCUCCAAAUGCGGGACGCCAAAUACCGUGCCAAGGAAGCGCGACUUAAGUCUGGUAAAUACGAGGAAUGGAAUGGAAUUUCGUCGAAGCAAGAUGAUGACAACAGUGAGAUGAAUUCAGACGAAGACGUCGAGCAUGGCUUUGAUGCUGUGAAUCGACGCAAGUUCCACGAAGAGACGUACGACUCUGAUGAUGCCGAAGACGAUGACGAUGAACGUGCCUACGCCGAGGAAGAAAGUGAUGAUGCGCCUGCUGUCAAGCCUUCGACACAACGAAAGAAGUCGUCCGGUGCUCCGCCUCUGCUUACAGAGCUGGAAUCGGCCGCCGAUUUGGAGCAACGCCAGAGCGCUGCUACAGCCAUGUGGUUCGAUAACCCGCUCUUCAAGGACUUGAUGCCUAUGGAUGAUCUGUCGACGCAGACGAAGAAACGCACGGCCAAGGAGCCGACACCCGAGCUUGUGGAAGAGGAGGACGAAGACGAAGAAGACGAAGAAGAGGACGAUGACGAUUUGGAGUUUGUUCCCUCCACGUUUAAUGGAGAUAUGCCUGAAGGCGAAUGGAGCGUCCACGACGAAGACCAAGAAGCUGCCAAGCAAGCGCGAAUUCGCGAGCAUGGUUUGCACACCGCAGAAGCUGUCUCGAUGGCACAUGCCUUGGUCAACCGCAAGAUGACCAAGACAGACCUUGUGAACCAGGGUUUCAACCGCCACAGUUUUAACGAUAAGACUGGCUUGCCCGAGUGGUUCUUGGAAGAUGAGAACAAGCACUACCGUGCGAACAUUCCCAUCUCCAAGGAGGCCGUGGAGGCACUUCGUGCUCGCCAGCGUGCGCUGGAUGCCCGACCUAUCAAAAAGAUUGCGGAGGCCAAAGCACGUAAGAAGCAUCGCGCUGCUAUGCGUCUGGAGAAGGCGCAGAAGAAAGCUGAGGCGAUUAAUGAGAACUCGGACAUGUCGGAACGUGAAAAGGCUGAAAAUAUCAGCAAGAUUUUGGCCAAGUCUGGUCGCAAAACCGAGAAGAAGGCACCACAGCUGGUUGUGGCUCGUGGUGUGAAUCGUGGUAUCAAGGGCCGCCCGAAGGGUACCAAGGGUCGUUACAAGAUGGUUGAUCCACGUAUGAAGAAAGAGCUACGCGCUCAAAAGCGCAUCGCUAAGCGCGAUGGCAAGAAGCGCAGCUCUGGCAACCGUCGUCGUCAGAUCCCAAAGGGAUACUGA